AUGCACCUCCUCCUCCUGGCCAUCACGGCCUUCCUCGUCCCUUUAGUCCUUGCCAUGUCCAUCCAGCCUCUCACCGACGACAUGGCCAGGCCCAGCCACCUCAUGGCGAUUAGGAACACCGGCCCCUUUAGCGCCGAGCACGUCAGGCUGCUGAAUGAGAUAAAACAAGAUGUUAUGAAAUUCGUCCUCAUCAACAUCGCCCUCCUGCUCGUCACGCUGACGCUCGGUUUCGCCAAGCAGGCCCUCACAUUCUUCUUGCGUUCCAUGGGCUACUUCGGUGAUCGCUACUCACUCGCCGAUGUCAUCCGCAAGGUGAUCAAGGGAAGCAGUCCGAAGGGCCCUUCGAUCGCCAUCGCCGGUGCCGACGCACUUGGGUUCACAUGCAUGGCGCUUCUGGGUUCCAUGCUUUUUUACAUGACGUGCCGCCGCUCAGGGGUGUUCUCUGUCGAGGGUCUCAUCUUCCUCCUCACACUCGUCGUCUACCUUUAUCUAAAUAGUUAG